GGUCGGGGUCAUGCGAUAUAAACCGGCUCCUCCUGCUGCUGCUUGUCUGCGCACUUGAGCGACUCUUGUUGGCUUUUUGUAAGGCCUUUGUCUGCUUUUUGCUUGCUUGGAGUGGUGUGAUCGUCUUAUUCGCAGCUGUCCGUCGACUAUUGGUCUUAUCGAUACGAUACGCGAUCUAGCAUUGUUUCUAGGGCUCCACCAACGACGCAAAGAUGCCGCUUUUCGACUUGAAGAAACAGCUCGUCUUCUACGGCGCAUACCACGCCGACCCUACCAAUGUCAAAAUCCACAUAACCUGCGUCCCCAUCCUCCUAGCCACCGGCUUCCUCUUCGCGACCAACACCCCCUCCCUCCGCACGCCGCCCCUCCUCACGAAGCUCCACCUCCCGCUCAACCUGGGCACGCUCGCCGCAACCACCUACUCGACGCUGUACCUGCUGCUGAGCCCGAACGUCGCGGGCGCCGCGCUCGCGCCGCUCGUCAUGGCGGCCGGCGCGCUGGCCAACUACCUCACGGCGACGUACAACCGGCGCAAGGCGAACACGGUUGCGGUGGGCGUGCACGUGGUGUGCUGGAUCCUGCAGUUCAUCGGGCAUGGGAAGUUCGAGGGGCGGAAGCCGGCGCUGCUGGAUAAUCUGGUGCAGGCGCUGUUUCUGGCGCCGAUGUUUGUGUGGUAUGAGGUGCUGUUUAAGUUUGGGUUUUACAAGGAGUUGAGGAAGGAGGUGGAGGAGCGGGUUGCGGCGGAGAGGAGGAAGUUGAAGGAGGGGAAGAAGGGAGAGUGAGUGGAGUUGGACGGGCUAAGUUGGGCAUUCGGUUCGUUUUUGCUUGCGACCGGAUUUGACUAUGCAUCCGGCAUUCUGGAACCCUUCAGCUCCCUAAGCAAUGUUCAGUCGAUGUACUUUCCUCUAUAAGUUUUUAAUUGGGAAUAACUACGUAUGCAUCGUCCUGGUGCC